CAGAAAAUGGUAGCCAUCAAACCUGCAGGGUUGUGAGAAACUUCUUUAUCCAGUCUGGUUUAAACAGAUGUUAGAUGCAAGACCUUGCCUGAGGAUGAGCUUAUGAAGCUUUGAAUGGGGCAUUUCAAUUUUGACGCUCCCUUGAAAAAUUUGUUUUUCAAGGGUUUAGAUGUUGACAAUACAAGUUCUCUGGUUGGGGCAUGUCUGGUGAUUGGAUCCUUGACAUUCCUACUGGAAGGGGCAAAGAUGUUGAUGCUGUACUGGUCAGCACGAAUCAAACAGAAUCCCUUGACCUAUGGUCUGACAGACACAGAUGAUCUUGAUGAUCGGGAUGAUCUUACUGCUUCACUGAUGAUUCCUGCUAGUUUAGAACAAAUUCGAUCAAGAAGAAUUAAGUACCACUGCCUGGGGAUGCUGACCCAUACCUUUAACCUCAUCACAGGGUAUAUACUAAUGCUGGCAGUGAUGACGUACAAUGUGUGGAUCACCAUAGGAGUCAUUGUUGGAUCAGGAUUAGGAUUCUUCAUUUUUGGUGCCCUUGGAAAAAACAUACAGGUUAAGUAUGCAGGAUUGAAACCCUCUAUAGAAGAGUCAUCUCACUACCAGAUAAACCUAGCCGUCUCCGAAGAGCAGCACAUCUAAUUAUCGGAUAUACCUAGCCGUCUCCGAAGAGCAGCACAUCUAAUAUCAGAUAAACCAAGAUGUCUCAGAAUAGCAACGCAUGUAACUACUGUAUCAGAUAAAUCUAGAUGUCUCCGAACAGCAACACAUGUAACUACUGUAUCAGAUAAAUCAAGAUGCCUCCGAACAGCAACACAUGUAACUACUGUAUCAGAUAAAUCUAGAUGUCUCUGAAGAGCAACGCAUGUAACUACUGUAUCAGAUAAAUCUAGAAGUCUCUGAACAGCAACACAUGUAACUACUGUAUCAGAUAAAUCUAGAUGUCUCUGAACAGCAACACAUGUAACUACUGUAUCAGAUAAAUCUAGAAGUCUCUGAACAGCAACACAUGUAACUACUGUAUCAGAUAAAUCUAGAUGUCUCUGAACAGCAACACAUGUAACUACUGUAUCAGAUAAAUCUAGAAGUCUCUGAACAGCAACACAUGUAACUACUGUAUCAGAUAAAUCUAGAUGUCUCUGAACAGCAACACAUGUAACUACUGUAUCAGAUAAAUCUAGAAGUCUCUGAACAGCAACACAUGUAACUACUGUAUCAGAUAAAUCUAGAUGUCUCUGAACAGCAACACAUGUAACUACUGUAUCAGAUAAAUCUAGAUGUCUCUGAACAGCAACGCAUGUAACUACUGUAUCAGAUAAAUCUAGAUGUCUCCGAACAGCAACACAUGUAACUACUGUAUCAGAUAAAUCUAGAAGUCUCUGAACAGCAACACAUGUAACUACUGUAUCAGAUAAAUCUAGAUGUCUCCGAACAGCAACACAUGUAACUACUGUAUCAGAUAAAUCUAGAUGUCUCCGAACAGCAACACAUGUAACUACUGUAUCAGAUAAAUCUAGAAGUCUCUGAACAGCAACACAUGUAACUACUGUAUCUGAUAAAUCUAGAUGUCUCCGAACAGCACCAUGUAACUAUCAAACUAACUACUUCAGCAGUGUAUAUUUUUCACACAUAUUUUUAUUUUAUCCAUUUUGUUUUAUUAAAACCUAAUCACGACUUCUUGAUUUGUGUCUACUGAAUGAAUAUAUCUAGUCUUAUUGUUCAUAAUAUUUAUUUCAACAUAUCUCAUUGUGUACCCUUGUUUGGUUUAAAAUGAAGAGCAACCUUUGCUAAUAAUAAUAAUAAUUUGAGGUUACUUUGUUUCAUUGAUAGUGUUCCAAUACUGGCCAAUGACAAUUUAAAAUUUUCAGUAAAUGGGAUGUCUUUUUCCUAGUGUUAUUUUGAGAUUAAGUUGUUAAUUAAUGAACACAGUAUAAAAGUUAAACCUAAUAAGUAAUAUUCAGGACCAAGUUUGUGAUGUUAUGAACAUGGGUCAAAAUAGUGUAUUCUACUGAUUCAGAUUAGUGUCUAUAAUACAAAACACAUAUUCUUGUACAGAGUUUCUUAAUCAUUUCACAUCGGAUCAGAGAGAGGAUGCUGUCUGUAAUUAAAUAUAUUAUGUGUGUGUGUGUAUGUGUGUAAAAUUUGUUACAUAUAUUUUGAUCUUGAAGCAUUGAAUCAUUUUUAUGAAAUCUUUCAUUGUUAUUUGUAUAAAGGCAUUGUUAUUUGUAUAAAGGGUUUUUGCUGUAUACUGUCAAGAUUUUUAUGAGUUAUAUUUGUCUUUUCAAUUUACAUUUUAACUCUGUGCUAAAUAGUUGUGCUUUUAAAACUUCUGGUACUACACUGUCAUAUUUUUAACAUGUGUUGUUUAAUAACACAAAUGUAAUCAUACUGUUGUGCUAUUGUUUUGCGAAUUUAAUCAUUUAAAAGAACGGUAGAAAAAAUAUAACUUUCAUCUUAUGGCCUGAGACAUUUAAGCAGUUAUUUAGGCCUUAAGUUUAUUUAUAAAUUCAAAUUGUUUUCUAAUAAACGAAUAAAAUCUAAUUGUUUGACUAAUUUCUCUCUGUUAGCUAGGUAGACAAUUUUAAAAUUGUUUCAGUAUUGUUUGUUAUAUCCUUUUAAAUAUUACAAGGGCAAAAUUUUAUAUAGAAAAAAAUGUAUGUUUCCUUUCAUAAUCUCAAAGAUUUAUUUUCAGUAAUUUAAAAAUCUGGAAUUGUUUAAAUGUGCUUAGUGUAAGAAACAUGUCUUACUAGUUGUUAUAUAGAUAUGGCUAUACAUAUUUGUGGUCACGUUUUGUUUUCAGUGGGAGUAGGGAGGAGAGCGGGGUAUGUUGACAAGUCACAUGUACUAACAACAAGAAGUCUCAGAGGAAUCAGAAACUUGGUUCCUGAUAUGUAUCAGUAUUCAGGAAGUUGCUUUUCCUGACUUUUAAGUGAAAUUUUCCUUCCUUACCAGGAUUUUAUUCCUUCAUACUUAUUUUUUUAUAAGCAAAAGUGUUCAGGUUAAUAGGUUGCAUUGUUUUUUAAUGAAAUUAUGUUAAUUUGACUGCUAGCCGAUGAACAGUUUUGUGUGUCUUGGAAGAUUCACCAAGUGGUGCGACUAACAAUAUAUUUGUUUGUAAUUCCGGUAUGAUAAGUUAAUUGUAACAUCUGUGUAUGUUUGUGUUUGUUAUUUAAGAAAUAGUCAACAUAUGUGCAUGUUUCAUGGCGGAAUAUCUAUCAAUGGUGAGCAAAUGUUUAAAACAAAUUAUAAAGCUACUUUAGCCUGGGCUCAAUUGUUUUUCUAACAUUUUUGAAGCCUGCAUUAUGUAUUGCACCAUAUUAUACAAACAUUCAUAUAAAUUAUAUCUACUCUACCACUUGGAAAUGUAAUGGAAUGUGUUUUGGUGUCUGCUGCAGUGCAUGUAAUUAGACAACCUCGUUAGACAACAUGACACAGUUGUCCGAUUCCUUGUUUUCACUCCACCAACAAGUCCGUGUCAUAGUUAUAGCUGAUGUUAUAAUCUGUGGAUGUAUGUGGAUGCUAUUAGAUAUCUCAUACACACGUACCUUCACUUAACAAAGUUAAUUAACGUCACUGUACCCAAAAUGGGACACUUGUGGAAAAACAGCCCAAGAAACUGUCAUGCAAGGCAAAGUACUUUCAUGUGUACAGUUUUCAUUUGAUAACACUUUUAUGACAAUUUAACUGUAUAUAAGCUUUAUUGACUGCUGAUCAUUGUUACAUGGACAAUUUAAAUGUAAGAAUAAUUACCAAAACAAAACUUUGCUGAUUUAUGUGCCGUGCGACGCUAUUUAUUUGGCUAUCAUUUUCAAAAGUCAAUUUAUCAAAACUAAUGCUGAUUUGGAGAAGAUAUUUAAUUAGAACAUUCGUUGACUCUAAAAUAUUUCAAUUAUGCAUAUUUUUUGCCAAUAUUGAUCGUCUAUCCCCAAAUAUUCGCCAAAAUACCGAAGUGUCCCUUUCAGGGUACAGUAACGCAGGUUCAAGGGUCUACAUAACUCUGACAGUAUUUCGCGUUCUAAAUAUAGAGCCACGCACCCGAAAUAUCAACUUGUACUAGAAAUGAAAAGUGGAUAGUAUCUAUUUAUGAAAAAUGAACAAACAUUUUUGGAACUGAUAGUAUGGUAUAAAGAACAUUGAUAUUUAUCUGAAACGUGUCCUGAUUUGGGUACAGUGACGUUACUGUUUAUACCUGGAAACUUUGGCCCAGUCAAAGAUUCACCUUCACAUUUAAAAUCCAUCGUCACAAGCGCAAACUUUGCCCUCCUCAUGUAAUUUGGUUAAUUGUCAAAUAAUACACAAUUACCAAUUAAGGAUUGGAACAUGUUACAUUGUCAGUCUGGUAGAGUACAAUACUAUUACACCUGGGGUUUGUUAUUACAAUAGUAUGAUGUUUGUAUACAUAUUUAUGUAUAUAUGAUUAUUAGAAAAUGAUACAUAUAUAUAAUUGUACGUGUUUAUUAUCAUAAUAAUAACUAUAUUUUUGUAUAUAUAUAUUUGUUAUUAUAAUGAUAACAAUGUCUUUGAAUGCGUUUGUUAAGAUGAUGAUAAUGAUAUCUUUUUAUGUACAUGUGUUUGUUAUGAUGAUGAUAAUGAUAUCUUUUUAUGUACAUGUGUUUGUUAAGUUUACUAUUUAUAUUUGUAAUGUAAACUACAUGCAUGUAAUAAUCAAAAUCAUUUGUUAUAAUACAGGUAUGGAAAUGAUACACAGUGUUCUGUCGAUUUAUUGGGAUGUGGAGUGUAUAAGAGAAUAUUUACGUGUCUUAAGACAUAUUGGAUCAGCUUUGUUGUGAUGUGCACUGAUGAAAUCCCUGUCCGUUUCCAGUCCCGUUAUCUGGUACAACUAACAAGAAAUUCAGUCUUUAUUUAAUACAGUGUUUAUAACAAGGUAAACCAAAUGCCUGUAAAACCAAUAAAAGAUUGUUUGGUU